UAUAAGGAGCCGAGCUGUUGCUUCUGAGGAUCAUUCCCACCAGCCGCGUGAGCUAGCUAGACGUCUCCAACACCACCAGGCAUGAGGAGGGUUGGCUGGACGUGCGGCAAGGUCCUCGCCUUGGCCUGGAUCCUGCUCUAUAUGGGGAAGGCCGGCUCGGACAGUCCAAAGAACAGCACCAGCCGCAGCCGGAGCCGCAGGUACUGGAUGCUCCGUCCUCCAGAGGGAUACCAAUACACCGUCAAGCCGCCGGUGCCAGAUCGCUGGUUGAACGUCACCGUGGCAGCACAUCUACAAGGCUUCGGCUCGGUGUCUGAGGAAACAAUGGACUUCCAGGCGACCAUCCAGAUCGUCCGUGAGUGGCGCGACCCCCGGCUGCUGCCGCUCCCAGAAGGCAGGCCGUUCCUCCCGGUGGACCCCCAGGCCAGGCUGUGGACUCCUCACAUCGACUUCUCCAACCUCAAGGAGGUCAAGGUUGCCAGCGUGCCGCACAAGGAGUUCCAGAAGGAACCCAACAUGUGGGUCACCGCGGACGGCAACGUCAACGAGUUGUCACGGUAUGAAAUAAAGGUGACGUGCAGCAUGAGUCUACAGAACUAUCCCCUGGAUAACCAACUCUGCAGCAUCAGGAUGGACGGAUUUGAAGGCGUCCUCCUGGCCUGGGGAUACCCAUUCAUAUGGGGUGGUCACGGAACAGAGCCGUUACUGACUGACGCCACAGCCAUCCACUCUCAAUUCAGGCUGAGGGAAAUAGAGAUAAAGGCUUAUGUUAACUCGUUCGACGUCAGAGUGGAAGGGAAAGGCUGUAAGUACUCCAGUUUCGUCUGUGACUACCGCGCGGCUGACGCGUGUCUGGUGGAUAACUCCCGGUGUGCGGACACCCUCAGCUCUCCGGAGUGUGAUUACUGCACGUCCUUCCCGGGAACAUGUGACAAACACACACAGACGUGCAACCUGCUGGCGGAAGCUACCUCCAAGACGUUCACGUCUGUGGAGAUCCAGCUUCACCUGUCAAGACGUCUGGCCUACCAUCUCAUGCAGAUGUACAUCCCGUCCACCUCCAUCGUCAUCAUGUCCUGGAUCUCCUUCUGGUUCUCCAUAGACACCGUGCCGGCCCGGGUUUGUCUGGGCGUCACCACCGUUCUGACCAUGACGGCGCAGAGCUCCCGUACGGCGCCCAUGCCCGAAGUGUCUUACGUCCGCGCCGUGGACGUCUGGGUCGUCGUCUGUCAACUCUUCGUCAUCUCGGCGCUGCUGGAGUACGCUGCCGUCGACUUCAUACGCAGAAGGGAGGAACAUAGACCGCAGACACUGAAUCACAACAACGGAACGCUCCAGGUUGUGUGUACGGACCCCAAGGUGCCUGACCCCGCCUCCAGCUGCAGUACGUCCCCACGCCGAUCGCGCAGUCCCGCCGACAAAGCCAAGAGAAUCGACUACAUCUGCCGAGUGGCCUUCCCCACGCUCUUCAUCCUCUUCAACGUCAUCUACUGGGCGUUCUACUUGUGUUAUUGAGAGAGACAAAAACAACGACUCAGUACAGAGCUACCCUUUGACCGCUGACUCAUUGAAAUGUAUGAUGAAAAUAUAAUAUUUUGAUACUAUUACUAAAUAUACGCAUCUUUAAGCCAUGAAUCCAGGUGAUCUUGGCGUAGCCCAGUGUUUUGAUAUACAUGUACAGAAAAGGUUGUUAGUCGACAACAAAAAGUUUAUGAUACGGACAAUUAUUCUUUCCACGGUUUCCAUUUUGUACGUCUCCUCCCACGUGGAACAUAAACCUUAAUGAGUGUACCAGGUGGUUAAUCGUAACGUAGACAAAUUGACACUUAAGGGCUUAUUUCACAGUGCAUUUAGGUCACAAGAGUACCAUUAUCAUAUUUGUAAACAAACUGACAGCUACAAAGUAUCUGUCUGAAUCUGCUAUAUAGCGACAGACUGUCGCCGACACAAUCAACAAACCUCACAGAUGGGAUUUAUCAGCGCGAGAAGAAGGAGUUGCCUUGGGGGACAUUCUUUACCUACUGUGAUUUCUCAUUUUAAGAGCACUUUAUCUUUAAAACUCAUGGUUCUGGUAUUCUCCCAGAACGUAGAGGGGAUCAAAACGUUUUAUGAAGAAGUCCCUUGAGCGUCGCACAGACGGCUAAAAGGUGAGAUAAGCUCAUGAACAAUGGUGGCGCCGAUAUUUGACGUUUACACAGUGCCCUGAAAUACUGUACAUAUUAAAAACAGCACAGGUGGGAAAAAGAAUGUUAAUAGCUGUGUUGUUGAAAUGUGUAGUAUGGUAACUGAUGUGACAGGUCGUCUGUCACUGUACUAAAAUAACAAUACAGUGCUAGCCGAGGGCGUCUUCUGCCUGAAGCACCGUGUGCAUGUGCAUGUUGAGCAAUACACCCAACCUACCCAGCAAUAUCAACGAAACCUAAGGUUUUCUCUAUCCACAUCAGAAAACACAUCAUCCAAGAUGAACUUCCUGUUAUAAGUCCUGUAUAGUGAACAGUUGAACUGUGUGUUAUAUCGUGUACCGUGUAUACAACUGUGCAGACGAGAAGCUUGAAGAUUUACAUAACUGUUGGCCAGCUGACUUGGUUUGGUUGUGGGAAAAUGAAUCACAUUUACAUGUACAUGAUUGAAUGGAAUUCUAUGUAACAACAUGAAAAUGUCAUGAAAAGGAUACA